GGAUAAGUCAAGGCCACAAACCCUCCACACGCUUGAAUUCGUCAUCAAUUAGAAUACCACACUGUAAGUGUAUGAAAAUACAGAUCUAUACUUGCAGAAAAAGUCCCAUACCAAUUUCUUCUCUCAACAGCUAAAAUUAAGAUGAAUUUUGGUGGAGUUAUCUCCUGUAGCCUUCUGUUGCUGUUUCUUCCACGGCAAGCUAUAUGUCAGGAUACGUAUGACAUUCCAGUGACCAUCAAUGCCCUGAUACAGGACUCAGUUAAAAUAGACAAAACACUAGCAAAACUAUUUUACGACAUGGACAAAAAUUUCUAUUCCAAGGUCACAGUAACUGAUGCGGCUAUUAAUGCUCAACAGCGUGUUCGGGAUACCAUGAAAAAAACCAUCAAUGUUGUUUUCUUAACUGUUGCUUCUUCGCAUGUAUCAAAAACGCUGACUCUAAGUAAUCUACUGUAUACAACAAAAAGUAAAUGGUCGUAUACUGUAGAGGUUAAGAGCAUACUGGAAGCUUCACAAGGGGAACUACCAACAAUUAAUGAUAAAACAGUUAUUUACAAAAUACAAGAAAAUGCCAUGAAAGUUUUAGAAGAACGAUUCCAGUUUCAAAGUAGUGAAAUCUUAAGUCGACUUAAUCUGGAGUCCAUGGAGGACUACUACGCAGUCGAUGAGAACAAGUGGAUUAAAGUGGUAGGAAUUAUCGUUGAAAAUGUCAUCGCAAACAGAUCAAAUAUGUUACACCUGACAACGUGUUAUUUAGCUGAGAUGGUGGACAAAACAGUGGCUGAAAUACAAGGGUUUACAUUGAACGAGGUUGAUAUGUACAUAUAUAACACAACCAUGUUGUUGGAAACAUUACCUGAAUACAGGGACAAUGUAACAACACGGCUAUAUGAAACAUUCGACAUAACUCCUACAGACUUAGCAAGAAUCAGCAAUACAGAUCUGUCAGAGAUAAAUAACAUGAUAUUAAAUGACGUAUUAACACUCUUUACCGAUAGUGUUCUGAAGAAGUUACGCGUCACGGCAAAUGAAAUUAUUGAAAGAGAUUCAAGUUUUGAUUCAAAAAUGCUACUUUCUUGCACUGAUAAAUGGCAGCCCUUCUUAACCAUAAUCAUUCCUGAAUCUUUUGACAAUUCAGCGGAAGCUAUGGCUUUAGAGGUUGAAACACUUUCUAAUCUGAUUGACAUUCCUUAUUCUGAAAUUCAACAGCUUACCAUAACUGAAAUGAUUAAUCUAUUAGAAACGACUAUUGACCCUUUAUCAGCAGAUAAGAAAUUGGUGGAAGCUACUAAAAUUUCUAGUAUACUUACACUUCAUGGUUCAGACACAAUAGACAACAUGAAGGACAAUGUUUUUGAGGUAAUCUACAGAUUUACUAACUUCACCGAAAGCCAGUUGACUACCUUGUAUGGAUGGACCUUGGCAGACUAUCUAUUUUCCUCUAUGUUUACUCUGGACGAAGCGAACAAUGUAUGCACAAUUGAUUCACUAGAUUACGAUCUUCUGGCAAUGGCAAAGCUUACUGUAGGUCAGAUUGUCGGAGAUAUCCAACAAUGUCAAUCCUUCACCGUACUGAGAGAAAUAUGGGAUAGGAAUAAUGUGAACUUUUUAGAAAAUAAAUAUUCUUCAGGAGAACAAUUUCCAUUAGAUACACCGAUCUCUAUGAUGGUCAGUCAAUUGACCAAAGCACCAUCAACAAUCAACUACCGCGUUCUGAAUAUCACAACUGAGGCUGAAGAACUUAUAUCAAAGUUGUCAAUAAACAAUAUUACAGCGGUUACAACAUACCAAAGUCCUCACUUAAAAACACUAUCCUUUCAAGAUAUCAUUGGAAUAAUUGUCCAACUAAAGCGCAAUGGUUCGUUUGAUCAUCAAGUGGUUAGUCAUUUCAUUUUAACCUCACUAACACCAUCACAAAUGCGCACUCCUACACAAUACAUUUAUACAACUAAUAACAACUACCCAACAAGUACUAGACAGAAAUCACAUGCAACCACUGCAGUGUUUAACAUAUCACAUGACUCAGAUAAGCAUGCAACUGUUCCAAUUUCAAGGAAUCCCCUUCUUCGAUCGUCUUCAAAUUUAUUGGACCUGACAUCAACUUUCCACAUGCCACAAAAUACGUUCAUGCAAAUAUCUAAUCAAAUAAACACAACCAUAACGCCACAACGUACUAGUACGGCUAGUACAACACAUCAGUCACCAUCAUUACCAACAAAGAAAUAUCUGAGCCCAGAAUCUAUUUCGGAUUCUCAAAGCAAAAUCCUACCAACAUUACGUUUUAACAACAUUACGAGUUCAUACAAUUCAACCACUCUUAAACAUACGUUGGUCGACAGUAACAUUCUAAAUUAUUCAAAAAGCACAACUAAACAAAUUCAUUCAACCUACCAUGUUUCAACGUACCAUAUCAAUAGUACAACCAUGAGUCAUCCAGUUUCAUCUUCAGUAAGUCUUGACAGGAACUCUUACAUCAAAACAAUACAAAACGUUUCGUUUGCAAAAUCAACAGCGCCACUGCUUAUAACAUCAUCUUUGUCUGCAAGUUACUCUAGCAACGAAAGCAAUCUAACAAAUAUUAAUCGCACUAAAUCAAAAGAGCAUUUCAUUCGAUAUACCUCUACAUCACACUCUCACAUAAUUUCAUCCAACAAAGAUUUAAACAUUUCCAAAACUGUUAUCGGUCAAGGAUAUUACCAAACUAGCAUUUCGUCAACAAGAACAGUACGUAUCAUGACAGAACAAACGGUUACUGUAUCUCGGAACAUUGUUAAUAACGUCACAGACGUGUACACAAGUACAGGAAUAAAGCCAUCAACCGUAAUAAACGUAACACUUUCCCACAGACCAAAUCACCUUACAGAAAGUGAACUGAACACCUUUACACCAAGACUAUACUCGUCGUAUAACCUAAGCACAUAUGUUCCACAAACCAAAGAUCAUUCUGUACCAACGUCCGAACGUCCAUCAACGGAAACCAAAAUGAGUUUGCUACAGCAAUCGCUAAAUAUUACACUAAGUGAAACACAAGUAUUUCACUCUAUUGAUUCUUCAUUCAACACUGACCGCAAAAAAACAUCACCAAGCACUCAAAAUCUACUAACAGAAACUAUAGUUUCAACGAAGACUGAAGUCACCUCAUUCAAACCUAAACCAAACCUUACUACUACUACUACAAGUGACACGACAUUCAGUGUAACAACACGUAACACCAUAUCCUAUACCACAUCGACCAAAGUGAUAGUCAACACAACGAUAUCUUCUCCUGCAAUGGCUGGCAUUGAUGCUUCGUCCAAAGGAGCCUUCUCAUCAAGGGCAAAUAACAGCUCACCAAAUAUGAUUUCUCUUGUUAUACAGACAACAAGGAUAGAGAGUACAAUGCUCACCAACGCACAAACCAGCACACCACUUGUAAUGCCCUUGUUACCCACUACAACGAUUACUAUUCCAGAAAAAAUGACAUCUUCAGAGAAAGCACCAAGAAAAACUGAUUCAUCCAUGAUUGAAGCAUCGUCCACAAUGAACGUAUUACCGACCAACACAGUAAUUUCAACUCAAGAACCGCCUAUAGAAAAACCAUCCACAAAUUUAAAUCAUCCCACAACCACAAUCACAGGUGUUGUUAAAUCGUCUUUAAAUACAAAUGCACAUUCAAAAACAUCAAUUAAUGUACCUCAUGUCCAAACCCCCAGUCCAUAUUUGUCAACGGUUCGUCUACCUACACUUCCAAUCAUGUCACAACCAACCAAAGUGUCAACAACUUCACUUGCAACCAGUAUGACGUCAUUAGUCAGACCAAGUACAACAAUAUCCGGAGCAAGCUCAUCCAGUAUUCAAAAACCAGGUAAAGUAAAAAUUAUGAAAAAAAUGAAUUCCAUGACUUACUGAUACAACAUUAUAAUUUUCUAUUUCUUCUUCUUCUUCUUCUUCCUUCACCCAGCUCUAACUCUAAGUGACCCGGAAUUGGCUGCUCUGAUUCUAGCCUUCCAUCCUUUUGUAUUUCUUGUCAUGUCUACAGUCAGUUCUUUGAUAUUUAAAUCUUCUUUUACACAGUUUAUCAGUCUUCGGUCUUCCUCGUCCUCUGUUCCCUUUCAUCUUCAGGUCCAAAAUGCCUCUGACUGGCUUUCCUUAAUUUCUUCUUAUUACAUGUCCAUGUGUCCAUGCCAUCUUAGCAUUACCUCCUUCUCCUACCACCCCACACCUUCCCCUGACUCUUCAUUCCUCGUCUUGUCCUUCAAAAUUCAUCUCAACAUGAUAAUUUUCAAUUUAUAAGACGAAAAUUUUGAGUGUUUCUAGCUUUCAAAAAGCAGGUAAAGUAAAAAACUUUAUAUCGUAACCCUGUCUCUAAACAUGAUUUGGUUUAUCGAUAGGGGCACUUGGCCUUGCAGAUUCAACUUAAACUUGUUUGUGUACUUUAACAUUUCAGCCGCGACAUGUCAACCAGAAUGCAAAGCUGACGAACUGUGCAUAUCAAAUAGUCAGCCAGCCAUUUGUAAAGGUAUGUUUAUGAAUAAGUGCUUACAUUCUUAUUCGGAAACACCCCCAUUUAUUUAUCCGUGAAAGCUUUCGAUUCGUAACGCCGGAUCUUUAACAGUGCAAAUAAUACGCUUUAUGCAAUUCUUCACUUAAAAAAUAUAACAGUUGAUCAAACUUAUCACAAUGAAAAACGUAACAAUGACAACUAAACACUCAUCAGCCUUCAAGUACUUUAAUCUGGUGGGGGAAGGGUGUGGAUUCAUCGUCCAAUGGUUACAGUUCGGGGUGCGACCGACAAUAACAAUGAAACAUUCUAGAUAUUUCAAACAUUUUUAAAUAACUUUUUUCAGCUGCACAAAAUCUGGAAGGAAAUUUCAGAAUUACAAGUGGCGCAAACUUCACCAUUGAUUUAAAGGACAAGACCUCCGAGGCUUUUAUGAAAUUAGCAAUUCAAAUUGAAGAAGUGGUAAGAACUUCUCAUGUUUUUAAUUCAAUCCAUUUAGAUCAUAGUACAGUGGUAAGCAUAAGAGGGCCAAUCAUUGACGUGUCACAUGCUUUUACCACUUAUUAGUUAUUACCUGUAUUAAGUUUACUCUUAUUAAUUCCAUAUUUGUUUCUCUCCAAAAGAUUGAUUCUAUAUGCAAACAAUCUCACUAUUCGUCUGUUUACGUUGGAGCUCAAGUUUUAGGAUUUGAGUAAGUAUUGGUACAUAUGAAACCAUAUAGUUGCAUAUAGAAAACUGUUUUUGCUGCAUAAUUGUGAUGGUAAUUCAAAGAAUUUUAUCAUGCUUAAUUAAAAAAAUUAAUGUGAUAAGUAAAAUAGAAGCCAUAAUAGUUCAGAAUUGUCCUAUCGUAAUAAGUACUCAUAGACUAAUCGUUUUGACAUUGCUAAUCACUAUUGGACUAUAAUGAAGUACACUGAUCAGUCAACUACCACUUGUUCUGUUAGCUUUUGCAUAUCCAGAACAUGCAUGAGAGUCUAUAGAAUAUAGGAAAUAUAGGCUGUGUAUACUUGUACUCAUUUUUAUCAAUGUUCGUGCGAGGUUUAAAUCCUUAAAUUAUCUCCUAAUGUAGUCUCUUGAGGUGAUGAUUUUCUAGCUUAACAAUUCCACAUUCCCAAGGGUGAUUUGGAAAAAUACGCAAAAAUUGACUUUGGAAAAUAUUAAUACAUGACAUGACAUUGUGUAUUAAAUUGUUAAAACUGAAAAUGUGGUAUUCUACGAAAACAUUCCUCAUUCCGUUAAGUACAGAUAUAGUAUAUUUCAGACUCAUUCUCCGAUAAUCUAUCUCAUUCUUCAUUCUCUCGUAGGCAAGGAAGCAUUAUUGUGUUAUACAAGCUCUCUUUUGAAAACACACUCGCUUUGUCAGAUGAUACUGUGGAGGAUAUUGCACAAGUGUUCAGAAAAGCCCAGGAUACCAAUUUCACGAUUGAGAACAGUAGCAUCAGAAUUGAAGGUACGUCAAGUGUAUAACAUAAUUCUAGUGGUUAUAAUUAGGGGAAAAACCAUUGACAUAUAAUGCCAUUGACAUAUCUGGACUGCUUGCUGUAAUACUUUUUGACUGAAGGCUAGUUGCGUGGCAAAUUGAAGCUGACGAAUAUGAUAAUAAAACAGCACUGCUGGCGCAUAGCAAAAUACUUUCCUCCCUUGAGUACUGGUCAGCGGUUGACUCCAUGAGCAUCAGUUCACUCUCAUAUUUCAGCUAUAUUGCGACCACGCUUUCUGAGGUCGAGCAAGCAGUCCAGAUAUAUAUAUUAUAUAUAUAUAUAUAUAUAUAUAUAUAUAUAUAUAUAUAUAUAUAUAUAUAUAUAUAUAUAUAUAUAUAUAUAUAUAUAUAUAUAUAUAUAUAUAUAUAUAUAUAUAUAUAUAUAGAUAUCUAUCUAUCUAGAUAGAUAGAUAGAUAGAUAGAUAGAUAGAUAGAUAGAUAGAUAGAUAGAUAGAUAGAUAGAUAUAGAUAUAUAGAUAGAUAGAUAUAUAUUAUAGAUAUAUAUAUAUAUAUAUAUAUAUAUAUAUAUAUAUAUAUAUAUAUAUAUAUAUAUAUAUAUAUAUAUAUUUUCAAAAACUUACAAUACUUUGACAUUUUCUUGCAUAGAUUUUGAUGAGUGUUCUUCAGGAUUGGCAACAAAAUGUUAUAAAACAGCUACAUGUAACAACACGUUAGGAUCCUAUGCAUGUAUUUGCCCUAAAGGCACGGCUGGAGAUGGCUUUUCAUGCCAGGGUAAUAUAUUUUAUUUAGAUUAAACUUAAAUCACUAAAUAUAGCUGUAACUGCCCUGAUAGAGAUACUGUAUGAUGAUCGUGCAUAGUGUUGAUAUACAACACCAUAAUUAACACCAUUUUUGUGUUUGGGAAACACCGAAUUUACACCCAAAGAGUGUAUUGAAAAUAACACUUACUAGUGUGUAAAUAUCACGAUUGAUGAGUAAAUAUUUUAUGUUUUCCUAAUAUCCAAAAACUAUAUCAAGAAAUUUAGAGUGUGAUGGAAGCCGAUGAGUACUCUACCCCACAACAGAUUAAGACAGAUUAAGACAAAUGAAUUCAUGCGUUCUGUCAUGUGAUAUACAGUACAACAUACAAUGCUAUAAAUUAAAUGCAAUACAAUGCAAUGUAAUGCAAUAUAAUACAACGCAACGCAAUACAAUGUAUUGUUACAGUGUUGUACAGUAAGCAUUGAUUACCGACUAUAGCAAAGCACCUACAGUAAAGUACAGUACAGAAGAUUACCUCUGCCUUUUACAGCAUAUAAUUAGUGGCAUAUAUUUUCGUAUUGCAGUUGUCAACUCAGCCAAAUCAGAAGACAAAGGUACAGUAUGUAAUCAAUAUACAAUCACACAUUUUUAAUUAUAUUAUAUUGCCUGCACAUCAUUAGCAAUCGGCUUUAAUAAGUUGAUUGCAAUUAUUAGCAUUUCGUAAUUUUUCGUUGUAAUGAGGGUGGCAAUGUUUCAAAAAAACAUCCAUGUACUGUAUCUAUACCCAACUCUUUGAAAUUUUUUUUUCAGAAGAGGUACCGUGGAUAAUUUACGUAGUUAUUGCAAUCAUGGUUAUAUUAAUUGUCUUCCUUAUUGUGGUGAUAAUCUACUGUGAGAAAAAGCAUAAGAAAAAACACAGGUAAUUAAAUAUCUCUCUCUUUAUCCUAUGGCUAUGCGAGCUUGAUUUUAUUCAAUCAUUGUUAGCUAGCAACUUUACAUCAAUAUGCAAAGCUUAACUGAACUAAAAAGACUAUAGUUUGACCAUUUUGCCAGUUUUAUAAAAUAUAUACGAAUCAAACCUCUGCCACAACUGAUAUCGCCAACCAGUUUUAUAUGAGAUUUAUAACUGAGUAUAACUGUUUAGAGAGGACACUUAAAACUGAUAGAGCUAUCCAGUAUGAUAAUGUUUGUCCAGACAGAACAGAACCAACGGUUCGAGAUUAUAUACACAAUCUUUUGUCACAAUAUUGAUUAUAAAUUAAUUAUACAUUUACUUAAAUUCUGCACAAUAUACAUAUUAUUAGUCACCACUUUUCUACGUAGGCGGAACUGUAAUUGUCUGUUGUGUUAGUAAAUGUAAUUGUAAACCGCUGUUAUAUAGCACUAUUCACUUUGUAUCAUAUCUUAUAUCAUUAGCACAUUAUCAAUCUACCCGUCGAAGACUGCAGACUGGCAGUCGAAAGCUUGUAAUAAAUAAAUCUUCAUAGUAAAAUUUAACCAGAGAACGUUUACACAAUUAAUUAUAUAUUUACUGUAAUACCCUUACCUUCAAUAAGAGAUUUAGGACUGUCUGACUGCAUAAUUGUCUCUAUACAGGCCUCAAGUAUUAGAUUUCCACAAUGGUGGCAUCAAUAUGUACCCUCGCUCAACAUCUUAUCUUGCCCAAACACCUGAAUCAGAAGCGGAUCUCGCAGAUGGCCUUGGUAUUGUAAACAGACAUGCUCCUCAACUCAACAUGGUCACAUUUAAUCCAACACCUGAAGAUAAGAAAGAAUUAGAAUUGCAAAAUGGCCAACCUGGGGUACGGUGUAACUUUUUAUUUGUAAAACGUCGUUUGUUUUUAAAUUUUCAUGUAUUUACAUCUGCAUCCUUCAACUAAAAUUUUCAAAAAAAUUUAACGCUGCCUACACUGGACCCCUAGGGUGAAAAUAGUCAUAGGCGGGGCUGUUUUUCCCAUUCCAAUUUUAAAAGGGAGAAUUUAUUCCUCUCAUUUAAAAUCCUGCAGGGUCAAAAAUACCAUGGACUCUUCCCAAAUUUAGUCACUAUUAUGGUCAUUUACACAACAAUGUGUGUAUGUUAACACAUAAGUUCAUAACGUCUAAUGUGAAUGGGUUAAACCCCACGCUCCCCCCCCCCCAGCCAUACAAUGUUGGCAAAAGUAGUGCGAUAAAAGUCAACAUUGAAGCGGGGGGCAGAGGGAAAUUAUAUGGGGGAGGUCUGGAAAACGAAUAAUUAUGUGAUUAAUGCUUCGUGGUUAGCCAAGGUUUUUGACCAGGAUUACAGAUGGAGAAGGAAAAGCUAAAGAUUGAAUAGUGAGCAAGUAGGCGUAUUUCAUUUAGGACAAACAUAAAGCGAUGAUAAACGAUACGACCAUUUUACCGAGAUUUCCGGGCCCCUCUGAGCACUCCGCGCCCCGGGUAUCCCCCCCCUGCCCCCCCCCCUCUCGCCGGCCUUGCUUUUCGUCACAACCAAUUUCGUAAUUUUUCCAAAACUGAGGAGUAACGAUCAUAAAACGUGUCUAAAAUACAUGAAAUAACGUGUCGCAGACCCUACACUAUGGCCGGACCUCCUAGUUCUGUGUAUUCGACAAUUAGACCCCCCUCCCCACAAAACUCUACACACACUCGCUUGGGAUUAGCUAGGCCCCAAAAGCACACUAUGUUAUAUGUAGAUACAAGUAGGUCACUAAUAUUAUACAUCUGCACCUGCAUUGGUUUAAAUUUGCCGUGCUAAUGUGCGGUCCUCUGUAUCUCCCUAGGUAUUCCAAUAUCGACUCUGACCACUGCAAGUAUAGAAAACAUGGAUGCUUCAAGCUGCAUGCUUAAUUUAAUUUAAUUUUUCUCACAUUCUUUCAGAUGCUUCUUAGCUUUAAGCGAAUUGACCCAGCAUAAAGUUACAAACUCAGUGUUUUAGCUGUGAGGAGUGAUUAUGUUAAUAAUUUUAAAUUGACAGUAGCGCUGUUAAUACAAAAUUUAUAUCAUUGAUUAUGAUAGAAAUCACUUAUUGUAAUGAUGCACAAAUUUUUAUAAACGUGAAUUGACAAAACAAAGAAAGAUAUCGUAGUUGUAUGGAACAAUAAUUUGGAACAGGAACUUGAAGUAAACAGCAAUUAGCUAUAUAGGAUUUAUGGACCAAAACACUGAUAAUCAUUCUGCUUUGCUUUUGGGGAAAGAAGCAUUUCACAGGACGCACGAAAUUUAUCAUUUAAAAUACAACAGUUUAGUUCCAUACAGCAACGGUCAUUGUUAGUUCAUCAUUAUUUAUAUAUUGGUGAAGAAAGAUGUAAAAUAUGCAAUGUAUAUCAAUGAUAUUCAUAUUGUAACACUCAAAUUGUAUUCAUAUAUAUAAUAUGUUGCAAUCCUGUACAAGUUGUAUAUUUAACAUUUGGUUAUUGCAAGGGCAGGGUAUUUAUAUUGUAAAGAUGUUGCAAGCAAAAGCUGAAUACGAAACGCUGAAUGACACUGCAAGGCACGAAAUGCAGUUAACUGCAUGAUUUAUUUUCUCAUGCAGAUAAUUGUUCUAUUCUAUAAAUUAGAACAAUGUUAGCUAUUGUUCAAUGUUAACAAUUGUGACGAAGACAAAUAGUUUGCAGACAUUUGGUUUGACAAAAAAUUGGAAAAAAAACCUGAGGGCCAGAACAUUUCAUCAAGCAUCUUUGCAAUAUAUAAGAGAGACAAAACGCUGUCCUAGCUAGCUAUUUUAGCUUUUCAGAUAAUAUUCUUUCCUAAAGAUUUUUUUCCUGAAUUGCCAUGUGGUAGUUUUAAAAAUAAAUUAAUGUAC